AUGACAAAAAUGUUUUGCAAAACUGUUCGGAUAACAGUUUUAUAUGUGUUUACUGUCGUGCUGCUGUUACCACUGCUUUCGACCGCGGUCGGUAGUGGUACCAGUCAGACCACCGCACCAUCGGGCGCCGAAUUCCUCCACAGCGUCAUUGGCAACAUGCAACGGCCAACCCGCAAAGUGUUUAACGAACGAAUCGACGUCGAAGAAUACAUACCCGAUGAUGUUCCGUAUACCCCACCGGCCAACGAGAUAAAAAUGCUGUCGAAACAACAGUUCCAUUUCAACAAUCAGGCGAACCGCGUCCAAGCCGAUGUCACCAAAAAUCAAUUAGGGUCUUUAAUUUCGCAAAUAGCCCCUCAGUUUUUGAAAAACGAAUUUGCCGAGUCACAACACAGGAUAGUUACCCAAGUAGCCCCCCAACAGUAUAACCCGGGACCGACCAGUCCGCAACAGUUUAACACGGUACCCAACGGUCCGCAACAGUUUAGCCCGGCACCCAACGGUCCGCAACAGUUUAACCCGGCACCCAACAGUCCACAAAAUAUAAUUGAUGCUAUUACGAGUGACACGGCGCAGAGACCGCCGGAUGGCAUGAUUUCCGGAUAUAAUUACUUCUUUUAUCCGUUGGACAACAAUGCGCUGCAACAGGUGCAGAACGGAAACGGCAAUCAGAUGGCUCAGACGACAGCGAUGUCGGAACCAGAAAAGCCUGAUAACCAAGCCAUGGCCAAGCCCCGCGUGCAGCCGCUAUUCGUGGCCAUGGCCGGAUUCGUGGGCGUCGCGGUGGUGUUCCUCAGCGCCCUCAUGUUCGUACCGAUAUUGCCAAUACACGCUCUUACCUCCAAGGCGGCGCUGAAACGUGCUCCCGAGGAGCUUGCCUCCCUCACCAAGCUCGUCGCUGAGUCCAUCGACGGAAAAGACUGCAGCGAAAGGAUAGCGUGCGAGGUCGGCAGGGCCAUGCGAUCCAUGCGAGUGGGCAACAAGCCCAUCAGAAUGAUGGAAAUAAUACUACCCCCAGCGGUGGCAAAACAGCUAGCUCAGAUAAGAAGGUCUGCGACAAAGAAAGAACAGUGUCAUUUCAUCAUGUGCAAAAAAACUGAGGGUACAUUGCAUUUGGUGGCGAAACUAAAAAAAACUCAUCACAACAAAACUAUUCACGAUGUUAAAGAAAUUUUUAACAUUUAA